GGGGGAGAGAAGGAGGAAGCGGAAGGGGCGGGCUCGCGGCGUUGACGUCACUUCCGCCCCCGGCUGCCGAAGGCCCCGCACAAUCGCCGCCGCGUGCGAGUGAGCUCUGCCCCACGGCGCCGCCAUGUCCCGCUUCUUCACCACCGGCUCCGACAGCGAGUCCGAAUCCUCCGUCUCGGGGGACGAGCUGGUGGCCAAACCCCCGGGGGGCAACUACGGCAAACCCCUUUUGCUGAGCGAGGACGAGGAGGACACCAAGCGCGUGGUGCGGAGCGCGAAGGACAAGAGAUUCGAGGAAUUGAACAAUUUGAUCAAAACCAUCCGGAACGCCAUGAAAAUCCGGGACGUCACCAAGUGCCUGGAGGAAUUCGAGCUCCUGGGCAAAGCUUUCGGCAAAGCCAAGAGCAUCGUGGACAAGGAGGGCGUCCCCCGCUUCUACGUCCGCAUCCUGGCCGACCUGGAGGAUUACCUCAACGAGCUGUGGGAGGACAAGGAGGGGAAGAAGAAGAUGAACAAGAACAACGCCAAAGCGCUCAGCACCCUGCGCCAGAAGAUCCGCAAGUACAACCGCGACUUCGAGCCCCACAUCGCCAGCUACAAGCAGAACCCGGAGCAGUCGGACGAGGACGAGGAGAAGAAAAGCCGCGACUCCGAAGGUGAAACCCCGGGGCGUCCGGCUCUUCCUCGUCGGGGGAGGAGGAGGGACGAUGGCGGCGUCGGCGCCUUCCUGAAGAAGAAAGACGGCGGCGGCGAGAGGAGCCGCUACGGCAAGGGCGAGGAGGAGGAGGGGGAGGGGGAGGAGGAGGAGGAGGACUCGGAGGAGGAGGAAGAUUGGGGCUCGUCCGACUCCGACACCGACUCCGAGACGGACGAAGACGACGGGAAAUUCACCUCCCUGGCCUCCAAGUUCCUCAAAAAGGAGGAGGACAAGAAAGGGGGCGAGCGGCGGCGGGAGGAGAAGGCCAAGAAGAAGCACGACCGCAAGAGCCGCCGCUACGAGGAGGAGGAGGAGGAGAACGACGGCGGCGGCGAGUGGGAGAAGGUCAAGGGGGGCGUCCCCCUGGUCAAGGAGAAGCCCAAGAUGUUCGCCAAGGGGACGGAGAUCACCCCGGCCGUGGUGGUGAAGAAGCUCAACGAGAUCCUGCAGGCGCGGGGGAAGAAGGGGACGGAUCGGGCGGCCCAGAUCGAGCUGCUGCAGCUGCUGGUGGCCAUCGCCAACGAGAACGGGCUGGGGGUGGCCCUGGAGGUGAAGAUCAAGUUCAACAUCAUCGCGUCCCUCUACGACUACAACCCCAACCUGGCCACCUACAUGAAGGCGGAGAUGUGGCAGAAGUGCCUGGGCUGCAUCGAGGAGCUGCUGGACGUGCUCUUCGCCCACCCCGAGAUCUUCAUCGGGGAGAACAUCCUGGAGGAGUCCGAGAACCUGGCCAACCCCGAGCAGCCCUACCGCGUGCGGGGCUGCAUCCUGACGCUGGUGGAGCGCAUGGACGAGGAGUUCACCAAGAUCAUGCAAAACACCGACCCCCACUCCCAAGAGUACGUGGAGCACCUGAAGGACGAGGGGCGGGUGUGCGCCAUCAUCGCCCGCCUCCAGCGGUACCUGCAGGAGAAGGGGACGACGGAGGAGCUCUGCCGCGUCUACCUGCGCCGCGUCCUCCACACCUACUACAAAUUCGACUACGGGGCCCGGCGCCGUGGGGCGGGCGACCCCCAAGUGUGGGGCGGAGAAAGCGAGGAGGAAGAAGAAGAUUCCGCCGCCCUCAUGGAGCGUCUCUGCAAGUUCGUCUACGCCAAGGACCGCACCGACCGCAUCCGCACCUGCGCCAUCCUCUGCCACAUCUACCACCACGCGCUGCACAGCCGCUGGUACGCCGCCCGCGACCUCAUGCUCAUGUCCCACCUCCAGGACAACAUCCAGCACGCCGACCCCCCCGUCCAGAUCCUCUACAACCGCACCAUGGUCCAACUGGGCAUCUGCGCCUUCCGCGAGGGUCUGAUCAAAGACGCCCACAACGCCCUCUUGGACAUCCAGAGCUCGGGUCGGGCCAAGGAGCUGCUGGGUCAAGGUCUUCUCCUGCGGAGCCUUCAGGAGCGGAACCCGGAGCAGGAGAAGGUGGAGAAGCGGCGCCAGGUGCCCUUCCACAUGCACGUCAACCUGGAGCUGCUGGAGUGCGUCUACCUGGUGGCCGCCAUGUUGUUGGAGAUCCCCUACAUGGCGGCCCACGAGUUCGACGCCCGGCGUCGCAUGAUCAGCAAACAGUUCCACCACCAGCUGCGCGUGGGGGAGAGACAACCCCUCCUGGGGCCACCGGAGUCCAUGCGGGAGCACGUGGUGGCGGCCUCCAAGGCCAUGAAGAUGGGGGACUGGCGCAGCUGCCACCGCUACGUGGUCAACGAGAAGAUGAACGGGAAGGUCUGGGACCUCUUCCCCGAGGCCGACAAGGUCCGCGCCAUGUUGGUCAGGAAGAUCCAGGAGGAGUCUCUCCGCACCUACCUCUUCACCUACAGCAGCGUCUACGACUCCAUCAGCAUGGAGAUCCUGGCGGCCAUGUUUGAGCUGGACCUGCCCACGGUGCACAGCAUCAUCAGCAAGAUGAUCAUCAACGAGGAGCUGAUGGCGUCGCUGGACCAGCCCACGCAGACGGUGAUGAUGCACCGGACGGAGCCCACGGCGCAGCAGAACCUGGCGCUGCAGCUGGCGGAGAAACUGGGCAACCUGGUGGAGAACAACGAGCGCGUCUUCGACCACAAGCAGGGCUCCUACGGCGGCUACUUCCGAGAUCAGAAGGAUGGCUACCGCAAGGGGGACGGUGGCUACCUGCGGCGCGGCGGCUACCGGCAGCAGGAGCGGGGGGGCAACUACUGAGACCCACGGCGGCCCUGCCCCACGGCGACGCCACCGCCCCACGGACCCCCCCGCCCCACGGCUCUUCUCCUCCUCCCCACCCUCCUCCGCCCCACAGCCCUUCUCCCCGUAGCUCUCUGCCCCACGGCGGCUCAGACCCACCGGGGCUCUGCCCCAUAGCGGCUCUGCCCCAUGGGGGCUCUGCCCCACGGCACUCUGCCCCACAGUGGCUUUGUGCCAUGGUGCUCUGCCCCACGGUGGCUCAGCCCCAUGGUUCUCUGCCCCACGGCGGCUCUGCCCCAUGGGGGCUCUGCCCCACGGCACUCUGCCCCACAGUGGCUUUGUGCCAUGGGGGUCAGCCCCACAGCAGCUCUGCCCCAUGGGGGCUCUGCCCCACAGCGGCUCUGCCCCACAGCAGCUCUGCCCCAUGUCACUCAGACCCACACCAUCUCUGCCCCAUAGCGGCUUUGUGCCGCAGCGCUCUGCCCCACAGCGGCUCAGCCCCAUGGCUCUCUGCCCCACAGGGGCUCAGCCCCAUGGGGGCUCUGCCCCACGGCACUCUGCCCCAUAGCGGCUUUGUGCCAUGGGGGUCAGCCCCACAGCAGCUCUGCCCCAUGGGGGCUCUGCCCCACAGCGGCUCUGCCCCACAGCAGCUCUGCCCCACGGCACUCUGCCCCACAGCGGCUCUGCCCCACAGCGGCUCUGCCCCAUGGCACUCUGCCCCACAGCGGCUCUGUGCCAUGGUGCUCUGCCCCACGGCGGCUCUGCCACAUGUCACUCAGACCCACACCAUCUCAGCCCCACGGCACUCUGCCCCACAGCGGCUCAGCCCCACGGCACUCUGCCCCACAGCAGCUCUGCCCCAUGGGGACUCUGCCCCAUGGCACUCUGCCCCACAGCAGCUUUGUGCCUUGGCGCUCUGCCCCACGGUGGCUCAGCCCCACGGUACUCUGCCCCACAGGGGCUCUGCCCCAUGGCACUGUGCCCCACGGCAUCCCACGGCACUCUGCCCCACAGCGGCUCUGCCCCAUGGGGACUCUGCCCCACGGCACUCUGCCCCACAGCAGCUUUGUGCCAUGGUUCUCUGCCCCACAGGGGCUCUGCCCCAUGGCACUCUGCCCCACGGCGGCUCAGCCCCAUGGUUCUCUGCCCCACAGCGGCUCUGCCCCAUGGGGGCUCUGCCCCACGGCACUCUGCCCCAUAGUGGCUUUGUGCCAUGGUGCUCUGCCCCACAGCAGCUCUGCCCCACGGCACUCUGCCCCACAGCGGCUCUGUGCCAUGGUGCUCUGCCCCACGGCGGCUCUGCCUCAUGUCACUCAGACCCACACCAUCUCAGCCCCACGGCACUCUGCCCCACAGUGGCUCUGCCCCACGGCGGCUCAGCCCCCUGGUUCUCUGCCCCACAGGGGCUCUGCCCCAUGGCACUCUGCCCCAUAGGGGCUUUGUGCCAUGGUGCUCUGCCCCACAGGGGCUCUGCCCCACGGCGCUCUGCCCCACAGCGUCCCACGGCACUCUGCCCCACAGCGCCUUUGUGCCAUGGUUCUCAGCCCCACAGCGGCUCUGCCCCACAGCGGCUCAGCCCCCUGGUUCUGUGCCCCACAGGGACUCUGCCCCACGGCGUCCUCCCCCUCCCCCCCGCCCUCCCCGCCCCCAAUAAAGCACAUUCCGUGGGGCGCUGA